CACACACACACACAGUUUAUUGAGCAGGACUUUGGCUUCUCCUUUCCUUUGUGUCUGCAGAUUUCUUCAAACAACUCCACCAAACUGAAUAAACCCACCUAGCAACAUGUCCCUUCUCACUCACCUGUUGGCAUGUUUGUUCGGUAUGGGCUCCUGGGUCUCCAUCAACGGUCUGUGGGUGGAGCUGCCUCUGAUUGUCCCCCAGAUCCCAGAGGCUUGGUACCUGCCCUCCUACCUCUCAGUCAUCAUCCAGAUGGCCAACAUCGGGCCUCUCUUCGUCACUCUGAUGCAUCGUUUCCGACCAGGCACCCUGAACGAGAGAGCUGUCAUAUAUGUGAUCAUCGGCCUGGGCACUGUAGCAACUUUCCUGCUGGGAUUCUUCUGGAAGGAGACUGUGGUUGUAGCAGGUGUGGCUCGCAGCGUGCCUCUCCUUGUUUUAACUUUCUUCCUCGCUGCUGUUGACUGCACUUCCUCCGUCACCUUCCUGCCCUUCAUGAUGCGUCUCAAGUCUCAGUAUCUGACCACCUACUACAUCGGGGAGGGUGUGAGUGGCCUGCUGCCGUCUCUUGUGGCUUUGAUCCAAGGUGCAGGGGUCGUCCACUGCAUAAACAGCACACAGUCUGUGAACUACACCCUCAACAUUCCCAACGGUUCUGUGACCUCUAACCUCCAGGCCCAGUAUCAGCCUGCAAACUUCUCGACUGAGGUGUUUUUCUUCUUCCUCAGUGCCAUGAUGCUGGUGUGCCUGGGGGCUUUCCUGCUCCUGAACUACCAUCCAUCUGUGGCCAGGGAGCAGCCAAACAGCAUAUACACCAACGGAGUGAAACAAAAAACAAAAAACAGGGAGUUGGUCGAGCAGAAGCCAAUGAUGGAUCCUUACAGACCAGAAAACCAGAAGCCCAGAAGCAGCUUUGGCACCGGCUCUUACAGCUGGAUGGAGGUGUUUUAUAUCUUUGGGAUUCUGGCCUGGGUGAACGCUCUGAGCAACACGGUUCUUCCCUCGGUGCAGUCCUACUCGUGCAUGCCGUACGGGAACAACGCCUACCACCUGUCGGCCAGUUUAGCUGCGUUGUCCAACCCUCUGGCAUGCUUCAUCGCCAUGUUCUUACCAAUCAGAUCCCUGCUGUUCAUGGGAGCCCUCACAGUGAUUGGCACUGGAGUUGGAGUUUAUAUUAUGAUCAUGGCAGUGCUGAGUCCAUGCCCAGUGCUGGUUAAUGAUACCUCAGGUGGUGUUAUCAUUGUGUUGGCCUGGGUCCUCUUUAUUCUCACCCUGUCCUAUGUGAAGGUGAUUAUUGGGGUGAUCCUCCGUGAUGAAGGCCACAGCGCCCUCGUGUGGUGUGGAGCUGUAGUGCAGCUGGGCUCUCUGCUGGGAGCUGUGACCAUGUUUCCUCUGGUCAGUGUGUACGACUACUUUUCAUCCGGAGACCCGUGCAACACAAAAUGCUCCUGAAGUCACAAAGAAGACACUGGAAGCAGACUCAGUAAUGACUCGCAUGUUUGUGAGUGAAAUGAGAAAAAUCUGUAUUCCUGCUUUUGCUAUGAUCCAACGAGUACAUGUAUGUAUGUAUUGAGCCAGAUAAGUAUGAUGUUCAACAUGGGACAGGUCAACAGUGCUAGUUAGUCUGAGUUAGUCUGAAUCCCAGAAUCUUAUUUCAGUUAGUUUGGCUGAUCUUCUGUCUGAUAACAGCUUUGGGAUUUUCACAUGUUCUGGAGCAUGAGCAGUGCGCUAUAAAUUAUGUUUAAAAGUGGGGACAAUAACAAACUUUGAGCCAUAUUAAAUGGGGCAACUUAGGCACAAUCACCCAGAAGUGCGUACGGGCGUUCUGCAGGUGAUCCAUGCACUAAUUUAAAUAAUAACCAUUAUUUUGCUGACUGCAGCGCAAAUUAGCAACCAAAAGCCAGCAGACCUGAUGUGUGAGCAACUUAUCUGCGAACCAUCUGGGUGAACUCUUCUGCUACAAACUGCUGGGCCUGUGUGGUCCUGGCCGAUGGCAGAUGACGUAUGAUCAGGUACUUAUUAAAGUCACUAUUAGAUACCGUAACCCACAGACAAUCUAUCACACUGACACAGCUCUAUUAUCAGCAGCAUUUCGAGAGACAUUUCAAUUUUGCAUGUGAGCGGUGUGAUACGAGAAAGAAGUCAAAUAAAAUGUGUGGGAAGUGCUGAAAGAAGAAACACAGAGAAUUUCUUAUUGUACACUGAUUUUUUGUAGGUUAAAACCAAAAACAUUGCAAAUCCACUGGCUGGCUGUAAAAGCCAACUUAGCUGUCUCUGAAACAAAAUGCAUCUAUUGCAGGUGUUUGGGAUCCUCCUGUUUAAACCAUUCAGUUGUGCCAGUUAUAAACACCUUUUAACAAUGAAGGAGGGGUUUUUUUUUUGCAGGAGCAGAGCACCAAUAGAACUGCUCCUGUGUAAUUAAAGGAGUAAAGUUAAUCCCAAAGAAAUGGAACUACAUUUACUGUUUCAGUUUGUGGUUUUAGUGUAGUGACUACUGUAAUGAUUAAGCAAUGUAACAUUUUAUUGGUUUUUAAUAAGAUGUUUUAAUCAUGCCGUGUACAGUAUUACAUAAAUAACAUAAUUAUUACAUUAAAGCAACAAUUUUUUUUAAACUUUGCUUUCACCUCUUUUCUCAGCAACCUGCACAUGACCUGAUUUUUAUUUAUUUUAAGUAAACAACUUAUAAAUACAACAUGAUUCUUACAACCUACACUUAAACAUCGGCUCUAAAUUUACGUGAUAUUCUCAAAACAACAAGCAAAGCAGAAGGAAUCUCAACACAUAGUUUCUUGUGGCCAUUUUCAUGUGAAUGUACAGGAACAGCACAAUAUUACUUCUGUUCUAUUAAAUAUUAUACCACUGCACAAAGUCAUUUAUGAAUAUAGACAGUACUAAAAUCUGAUCAUUCAGCUUUCCCUCUCUACUUGUCAAAGUCAGCAGCACACAGUAUUAGUACAGAUCAGGCUGUGACAUAAUCAAAUAAAAAAAAA